UUGAGGACCAGCUGUCCCCGGCUUGCCGCUCAUGCCGUCUGGAGGAGAUCAGUCGCCGCCGCCGCCGCCGCCGCCUCCUCCUCCUCCGCCGGCGACGGCCGGCUCUGAUGAGGAGGAGGAGGACGACGGCGAGGCGGAGGACGCCGCGGCGCCGGCCGGGUCCCCGACCCUUCAGAUCCAGCAGCGGUUCGAGGAGCUGUGCAGCCGCCUCAACAUGGACGAGGCGGCGCGGGCCGAGGCCUGGGACAGCUACCGGAGCAUGAGCGAGAGCUACACGCUGGAGGGAAAUGACCUUCACUGGCUAGCAUGUGCCUUAUACGUGGCUUGCAGAAAAUCUGUUCCAACUGUAAACAAAGGGAGUGUUGAAGGAAACUAUGUAUCUUUAACUAGAAUUCUGAAAUGUUCUGAACAGAGCCUAAUUGAAUUUUUUAACAAGAUGAAGAAGUGGGAAGACAUGGCAAAUUUACCCCCACACUUCAGAGAACGUACUGAAAGACUAGAAAGAAACUUCACUGUUUCUGCUGUAAUCUUUAAGAAAUAUGAACCCAUUUUUCAAGACAUUUUUAAGUAUCCCCAAGAGGAACAGCCUCGUCAACAAAGAGGAAGAAAACAGCGGCGACAGCCCUGUACUGUGUCUGAAAUUUUCCAUUUUUGUUGGGUCCUUUUCAUAUAUGCAAAAGGUAAUUUUCCCAUGAUUAGUGAUGAUUUGGUCAACUCUUACCAUCUUCUGCUGUGUGCUUUAGACUUAGUUUAUGGAAAUGCCCUGCAAUGUUCAAAUCGUAAAGAACUUGUGAACCCUAAUUUCAAAGGCCUAUGUGAAGAUUUUCACCCGAAGGAUUCCAAACCUUCCUCUGACCCACCUUGUGUCAUUGAGAAACUCUGUUCCCUACACGAUGGCUUAGUUUUGGAAGCAAAGGGAAUAAAGGAGCAUUUCUGGAAACCCUAUAUUAGGAAACUUUAUGAAAAAAAGAUCCUCAAAGGAAAAGAAGAAAACCUUACUGGAUUUCUAGAACCUGGGAACUUUGGGGAGAGUUUUAAAGCCAUCACUAAGGCUUAUGAGGAGUAUGUUUUAUCUGUUGGGAAUUUGGAUGAACGGAUAUUUCUUGGAGAGGAUGCGGAAGAGGAGAUUGGAACACUUUCCCGGUGUCUGAGCUCUGCUUCAGGUACAGAGAGUGCUGAAAGAGUGCAGAUGAAAAACAUCCUGCAGCAGCAUUUUGACAAGUCUAAAGCACUUAGAAUCUCCACCCCACUGACUGGUGUGAGGUAUAUUCAAGAGAGCAGCCCUUGUGCGACCCCUACUUCCACAGCUGCACAUAGCCUGAGUCGUCUUCACAGCAUGCUGACAGGCCUCAGAAAUGCACCGAGUGAGAAGCUGGAACAGAUCCUCAGGACAUGUUCUCGAGAUCCAACCCAAGCUAUUGCUAACAGAUUGAAAGAAAUGCAUGAAAUAUAUUCUCAGCAUUUUCAGCCAGAUGAGGAUUUUAGUAACUAUAGUAAAGAAAUUGCCAGCAAACAUUUUCGUUUUGCAGAAAUGCUUUACUAUAAAGUAUUAGAAUCUGUUAUUGAACAAGAACAAAAAAGAUUGGGAGACAUGGAUUUAUCUGGUAUUCUGGAACAAGAUGCAUUCCAUAGAUCACUCUUAGCCUGCUGCCUUGAGGUUGUCACUUUUUCUUAUAAGCCUCCUGGGAAUUUUCCACUAAUUGCUGAAAUGUUUGAUGUACCGCUUUAUCAUUUUUAUAAGGUGAUAGAAGUUUUCAUUAGAGCAGAAGAUGGCCUUUGCAGAGAAGUGGUAAAACACCUUAAUCAGAUUGAAGAACAAAUCUUAGAUCACUUGGCAUGGAAAUCAGAGUCCCCACUCUGGGAUAGAAUUAGAGAUAAUGAAAACAGAGUUCCUACAUGUGAAGAGGUCAUGCCACCUCAGAAUCUAGAAAGAGCAGAUGAAGUUUGUAUUUCUGGCUCUCCAUUGACCCCCAGAAGGGUGAGUGAAGUUCGGGCUGAUACUGGAGGACUUGGAAGAAGCAUAGCAUCUCCAACCACAUUAUAUGAUAGGUACAGUUCCCCAACAGUUAGUACUACGAGAAGGCGGCUCUUUGAGAAUGACAGCCCCUCUGAUGGGGGGACAACUGGGCGCGUCCCCCCACAGCCCCUGGCCAAUGCUGUUCCUGUGCAGAAUGUAUCUGCAGAGGCUGUUUCUGUCACACCAGUUCCUGGACAGACCUUGGUCACCAUGGCAACGGCCACUGUCACAGCCAACAAUGGGCAAACAGUGACCAUUCCUGUACAAGGUAUUGCCAAUGAAAAUGGAGGGAUAACAUUCUUCCCAGUACAAGUCAACGUUGGGGGGCAAGCACCAGCUGCAACUGGCUCCAUCCAGCCCCUUAGUGCUCAGGCUCUGGCUGCAAGUCUGAGCUCUCAACCAGUGACAGGAACAACUUUGCAAGUCCCUGGUCAAGUGGCCCUUCAACAGAUCUCUCCAGGUGGACAACAGCAGAAACAAGGCCAGCCUUUAACCAGCAGCAGUAUCAGACCCAGAAAGACCAGUUCUUUAUCACUCUUCUUUAGGAAGGUUUACCACUUAGCAGGUGUUCGCCUCCGGGAUCUUUGUGCUAAACUUGAUAUUUCUGAUGAACUGAGGAAAAAAAUCUGGACCUGCUUUGAAUUCUCCAUAGUGCAGUGUCCUGAACUUGUGAUGGACAGACAUCUGGACCAGUUGUUAAUGUGUGCCAUUUAUGUGAUGGCCAGGGUAACAAAAGAAGACAAAUCCUUCCAGAAUAUCAUGCGCUGUUACAGGACUCAGCCACAGGCCCGAAGCCAGGUGUACAGAAGUGUUCUGAUCAAGGGGAAACGGAAAAGAAGGCAUUCUGGCAGCAGUGAUAGCAGAAGCCAUCAGAACUCUCCAACAGAACUGAACAAAGACAGAGCCAGUAGAGACUCAAGUCCGGUUAUGAGAUCAAGCAGCACCUUGCCAGUUCCACAGCCCAGCAGUGCCCCUCCGACACCAACUCGCCUCACAGGUGCCAACAGUGACAUUGAGGAGGAGGAGAGGGGAGACCUCAUUCAGUUCUACAACAACAUCUACAUAAAACAGAUUCAGACAUUUGCCAUGAAGUAUUCACAGGCAAACGUAAUGGACGCUCCUCCACUCUCCCCCUACCCAUUUGUCAGAGCAGGCUCCCCUCGUCGCAUACAGCUGUCUCAGAAUCAUCCUGUCUAUAUCUCCCCACAUAAAAAUGAAGCAGUGCUUUCUCCUCGAGAAAAGAUACUUUACUACUUCAGCAACAGUCCUUCAAAGAGGCUAAGAGAAAUUAACAGUAUGAUACGGACAGGAGAAACUCCAACUAAAAAGAGAGGGAUUCUCUUGGACGAUGGAAGUGAAUCACCUGCUAAAAGAAUCUGCCCAGAAAAUCAUUCUGCUUUAUUACGUCGUCUUCAAGAUGUAGCUAAUGACCGAGGUUCCCACUGAGGUUAGUCUUUGGUACUGAAACUGUCUGUUCAUGAGCUGUGUUUAGCUGCAGUAAUGCAUGCUAGAUCAUGGAGCCUUUUCCCUUAAUCCAGCAAUUGAUUUAGAGUCUGUUAGAAACAGGAAUGAACUAGCCAGGCAUGAUGGCACAUGCCUUUAAUCUCAGCACUUGGAAGCGCUUUUAACCACUGAGCCAUCUCCUCAGCACAAUAAAGUAUUUGGUAGGUGAAGGAAAGGGGUGGGGGGGGUAGGAUUAACUCAAGGCUAGCCUGAGCUACCUAAGACCCUGUCUCAAAAAAUGAAAGGAAGGAAGGAAGGAAAAGAAGGACAGUUUGGUGAUAAAUUAAGACUUACUCUUGGUAUCCUUGGGAUACUUUAAUAUAUCCCAGUUGCCUUUUCCCCUGCAUAGUGCUUUCCUUCAAUACUGUUCAGAAUCCAAAUUUGGAUUUUUAACUCUUCUGCAGACUUUUAUAAGUACUGUAGAGAACAAAAUGGACAUCUGUGAGAGACCUCUGUUAACACACUCCUGUACAGUACAGGAAUUGUAUUUCAAGUCCUUUCUUACCCACAAGUGGUCAGCUCUAGUCUUCAUGAAAAGACAAACUUUGGCAGUUUUGUCCUAAAACACUUGGUAGGAGUUUGUAACUUACAUUCGUGAGAGAAAGAACCGAGGACAUGGUGCAGAUUUGGUGGUUCCAGGCACUAGUCCAAGUCUCUUGUCCCUCCUUCCCCAGUCAGUGUGCUAAGGUGUGACAGUGGUGCAAUGUCUGAAUGAACCUAUAUCUGUGGUGGCACUUUAGGGCUGUAAAUGCAUGAUUUUGUAAUCCAGAUUUUGCUGUAUAUUUAUGAUGGCACUUUCUAAAAUGUGAACUUUAUUAGGUACAAAACUUCUAGGCUAAACAGUCAAUAUUUUCUUUAAUGCUUUUGUACUUUUUUAAAAAACUGUUAAUGCCCUAGUAGCCACCUUUUGGGCAUAUGUUUUAAAUUCUCCAGUUCGGGUUGUUGUUGUUGUUGUUCUGUAGAAAUCAUCCAGCUAAGCAAAGAUUCUAAAUCAGGUUGAAUAGAGGGGAUUAAUAAGAAAAAUUAUGACCUCUUCCUUUAGGAGGUAGUUAUCCAAAAGAAAGAAUCUUUGGGUGUGUUCCUGGAAGUUAAUAAAAUAGGUUGGAGAAUUUAGGUUGUUAAUAGUACACAGUACCAUUGAUACAAAUUAGAAAAUUAUUUAACAGCUACUGAAUUAUCUAUAUAUACCUUUAUUAAUCAUUAUUGUUCCAGCAAUUUUAAAGUUGAAUUAAUAGUAUUAGGGAAAAAUUCAAUUGUAAAUUGAAUCAAUAUAAACAAAGUUACUGGGUAACUUCAUAUUGCUCUAAAAGAAAUAUAGAAUUUACACUGUUCAAUUAGAAUAGUGUUCUGCAAAAAUAUUUAUAAAACCUCUCAAGAUACUGCUACUGUAAUUUUAUAUGAAAAUAAGUGUAUUUUUCAAUAAAGCAUUUAUAAAUUA